AUGCUCGUCUCGGUCGCAUCCGUCCUCCUUCUCGCCCUUUCCGCGGCUAACGCCGCCCUCACCUACAAGGGCGCGGACUGGUCCUCCGCUUCGAUCGAGGAGAAGGCCGGCAUCAAGUACAAGAGCAGCUCCGGCGCCUCGCAGUCCCUCGAGGUUAUCCUCAAGAAUGCCGGUGUCAACUCGGUCCGCCAGCGCGUCUGGGUCAACCCCUCCAACGGCGACUACAACCUCAACUACAACCUCGCCCUCGCGAAACGCGCCAAGGCCCAGGGUCUGUCCGUCUACCUCACGCUGCACUUCAGCGACACCUGGGCGGACCCGAGCAAGCAGGCUAUCCCAUCGGGUUGGCCCUCGGACAUUGACAACCUCAGCUGGCGCCUGUAUAACUACACGCUCGAGGUCAGCAACGCCUUCCAGCAGGCCGGCGUCCCGCCCGCCAUCAUCUCCAUCGGCAACGAGAUUCGCGCCGGUCUGCUCUUCAACACCGGCAGGACCUCCAACUGGUACAACGUCGCCCGUCUGCUCAAUUCGGCCGCCUAUGGCAUCAAGGACUCAUCCCUCAGCCCGAAGCCCAAGAUCAUGAUCCACCUCGACAACGGCUGGGACUGGAACACGCAGAACACCUGGUACACCAACGUCCUCGCCCAGAACGUCCUCAAGACAAGCGACUUCGAUAUGAUGGGCGUAUCGUAUUACCCCUUCUACGGCUCUGGCGCCACGUUGUCGGCCCUGAAGACGAGCCUGACCAACAUGGCCAACAAGUGGGGCAAGGAGAUCGUCGUCGCCGAGACCAACUGGCCCACAAGCUGCCCGAGCCCCGCCUACGCCUUCCCCAGCGACCUCAAGGACAUCCCCUUUUCCGCGGCUGGGCAGACCACCUUUGUCAAGCGGGUCGCCGACGUCGUCGCCGGCGUAAGGAACGGAAAGGGGCUUUACUACUGGGAGCCCGCGUGGGUGGACAACCAGGCCUUGGGGUCCAGCUGCCCCUCCAACACGUUGUUCUCGUGGCCCGGUACUGCGUUGUCGAGCCUGGAUGUCUUCAAGAGCAUUUGA